UUUAGGAGAGUGAGGGGGCAGCUGUGAAGGAGUUCAUUGGGCCGACAGAAGCCCGGUGUGACUAUGGACAAAGUAACUCAGCCACCAUUGGUGACGUGGACCACAGGGAGAGCCUGUGUGCACACAGAGUGAGGUUGCUGUGAGGCCCCGACACACACACACACUCGUCCAGCUGAGCAAGUCAUCGUGAACUGAGCGUACCUCUCGGACUUACUGAAGACCAAAACACUGGAGCUCCAGCCCAGGUCCACGUGUGUGAACACUAUCUCUGACAACCUACGAACCACAGCGGGAGUGAAAGGUCAACCUGACUGAAGAAAAGAGGCUGAUAUUGGGGUCAAUAUCCUCUUAGGCUUCAGAGGAAGUUGUGAAGAGCGCAGAGUGGUAUGUAGUAAAGGAAGACGAGACAGCUUAACCUGAGUGACGAUCGCGCUCUGUCAGAGUGUCACUGUGUGGAGGGUUAGGGGAGGGCAGCAGCUAUGGAUGUCUUUGGUGGGGCCCCUCGUGUACUUGCCUACCCACGACCAAUUCUGGUGAAAAUUGGCUCGGACGUAGUCCUCAAGUGUCAGAUCAGUGGAGACCCCCAACCGGAUGUGGUGUGGGAGAGAAAGAACGAACCUGUUAUCCCCGGGGGGCGCUACAUCCUUGCCCAGGAUGGCAAAGUUUACACCCUCUCCAUCGUCGGGGUAAUUCUGGAAGACGCGGGACAGUACAUCUGCAGAGCGAAGAACUGCAUCGGGGAAACAUACGCGGCGGCUACUUUGAAAGUGGAGGAGGAAAGUCCAGAAGUUCAGCCAACACGGCCCCCGCACACAGACGAGCAGGAGGUUCAAGUGAUUCCACCAGAACAGAAUUUACAGGAUGUUAAGCAGGCACGACAGCCACAGCCAGAGAGGGAGGACAGCCUGUCUCAUGGCAACAAGCCUCACUUCCUCAUCAAACCCCUCUCCCUAAGAGUAGAUCGAGGUGAAGAUGCCGCCUUCUCUUGCAAGCUUUGGGGGAAGCCCUUACCACAGGUGGUGUGGGAAAAAGACGGCAAGCACCUCAAGGAAAUCUACGAGAGCUCGCACUUCCGCGUCGACCAGCAGGACGGGGGCUGGUUCCAGCUGAAGAUCUUCCGGACGAGGGCCCCUGACGCAGGCGUGUACACCUGCAGGGCAGCAAACGAGCACGGGGACACCGUGGCCGGGGCUGUGCUGCUGGUGGAAGCCGUGCCGGAGAGCAGGGCCGACGCCCACCGAUACGGCUACACCAAUGGUCACUGGUCCCCACAGCAGAGCAGAGACAAGCACCCAAGAGCAAAACAUUCCAAAGACGCUUACCUCAACGUGGCCAAAGCCAAGAAGUUCACCAUCACAGAGGGCAAGCACGCCAAGUUCCGCUGCUAUGUCACAGGCAAACCCAAACCAGAGAUAGUAUGGAAGAAAGACGGAGAGCCAGUGGAGCCCGGACGGCGCCACCUACUGUUUGAGGACAGGGAGGGGUACUACACCUUGAAAGUGCUUUACUGCAAGCAACAAGACACAGGGCUCUACAUCUGUGCUGCGUCCAAUGCGCUGGGGAACACACUGAGCGCUGUGAACCUCAUUGUUAAAGGGCCUAUGGUGCGGUUCAAGCGGGGCUUGCAGGAUGUGGAGGUGAGGGAGCGGGAUGUCGCUGUGUUGGAGUGUGAGGUUCCGGAAGAGUCCAUGCCCAUUGCCUGGUACCUGGAGGACCUCAGGCUGCACCCCAGCAGCAAAUACGGCAUGGAUCAGAAGGGCACAAGGCGAAGGCUCACCAUCCGUGAUGUGGGCAUCGACGACGACGGAGUCUACCUGUGUGAGAUGCCCGACGGCGGGAAGAGCAUAGCUGAGCUGGCUGUUAAAGGUACAAUCGUGAAGAAGCUUCCUCGUAGGCUGGAGGUGCUAGAAGGUGAGAAUGCUGCUUUCUGUGUGGAGGUCGAGGAGGAGGAGAUGGAGGUGUUCUGGUUCAAAGACGGCCUGCAACUGCGAGAGACGCACCAGACCAUCAUCAAGUCCUUUGGGAAAACCCACAUCCUGGUCUUCGUCAACAGCUCUUACCAAGACUCCGGCACAAUCACUUUCAUCGCAGGCAGAUCGAAGACAAGCUCCAAGCUGCGUGUCAAAGCAAUCAAACACUGCCCCCCCAUCUGUCCUGUGGGGGUCCAGAUAAGGACGGACAGCCCAAACAGCGCCAUUCUGUCGUGGUCACCCUCCCCCAACCUGCAGAGCUCCAGCAAGUCGGUGUACGUCCUGGAGCGGCAGGAAGCCGGAUCGCAGGAUUGGCAACGCUGCCUCACCAUUGAGACUGGCACCUCUGCCGAGAUCCUGGGCGACGGUGUGCCGUGCGAGGGUGACUACCGCUUUCGGGUCUGCUGCAUGAACAAAUAUGGCCGAAGUGGGCACGUGGAGUUCCCUGGAGCAGUGCAUCUGGUCCCAGGUCCAAAGAUCAAAACCCCAAUGAAGAACACUGUGGUAACGGAGGGUGAGGAUGCUGUGUUCUCCAUCGAGCUCUCGACCUCCAUGGUGGGAACCUGGUUCCUUAACAGCACUCAGCUGCAGCAAGGCGAGCAUUUCGACCUCAGCCAGUCCCAGAACCUCCACGCCCUGCGGAUCCGAAGCAUCCCGCGUGUGUACAAUGGAGCCGAGAUCACCUUCAUCGCCACAGGGGUCCGCGACUCCGCAACCCUGCACGUGCAAGCUGCUGCGGUGAAGUUCGUCCCUCUGCCAGAGGCGGACAGCAACAAACGUGUUGAAGCAGGAAGCCCCAUUGUGCUGUACUGCGAGGUCUCGCACCCUGUUAGUGCUGUGCGCUGGUUCAAAGAUGGGAGGGAGCUUCUCCAAGAGGACGGCUUGAAUAUCCAAUCGGAUGGCAAUAUGAGGAGAAUCGUCAUCCAGUCAUCAGAGUAUUCCCACUCUGGAGUGUACACCUGCCAAUCAAAUGAUGAUGUCAUCACUUUUAAUGUGGAUGUUAAAGCCCCACGGGCCAUGUUUGAGAGUCUGACAGAGUCAGAGUGGACCAGGUCCGUGGACAUCGGCCAUCCCAUAGUCCUCCACUGCGAGGUAUCAGACCCGCAGGCGGAUGUUUGCUGGUUCAAGGAUGGGGAACCCAUCUAUCCCCACAGUGGGACAGACAUCCAGGCAAAAGGCAAUGUGAGGACACUAGUGAUCGAUGAAGCUGGUUUCCUUCACUCUGGCUCAUACACCUGUCAGUCUGCAGAUGAUGUGGCUGUGUUUCAGGUGGACGUUACAGGUCCCCCGGUGUCAUUUAAGGACAUCCCAGAAGACGAGAGGCACAAGAUCACCACAGAGCUGGACCCUGUGGUGUUGCACUGUGAGCUGUCCCAGCCAGACGUCGAUACCCGCUGGCUGAAGGAUGGCCUGGAGGUGCUCCCCGGGGACAACAUCACCAUCCAGGCGGAGGGAACCAUGCACAGGCUCAUCCUCCGCUCAGCGGAGCUGGCAGAUGCGGGAACUUACACGUGCCAGGCGGGAGAUCACACCAUGUCCUACACUGUCUAUAUCAAAGAACCGCCAGUGACGAUCGUGGACCCGAAAGACGACGUCCGUUUGGACCACUACGUCUCUGAGAAGAUCGUGCUGAGCUGUGAGCUCUCUCGCACAAACGGAGAAGCAACCUGGUUUAAGGAUGGCCUGAAGGUCCAGGAGAGCCAGAACGUCCGUCUGAGCACUGAGGGCCCAUACCGGAGGCUUAGCAUCCCGUGCGCCUCUGUGUGGGACACGGGGGAGUACAUGUGUGACACAGGCGGCGACUCCGUUAUCUUCCAGCUGUGUGUCACAGAGGCCCCGGUGCGCUUCGUGCUCCCGAGCCAGCCAGAGGUGAAGGUGAGCCUGCUCAGCUCAGAGACUCUGGUUCUCAGCUGCCAGAUCUCAGAGGCAGAGGCUCAGGUCUGCUGGUACUGCGAUGGUGUGGAAGUGGAGGAGAGUGACAGGCUCCUCCUAGAGGAAGAUGGGCCUCAUCGCAGGCUGAUCAUACCCAGCACUACCAUAGACGACUCCGCCGAGUACGUGUGCGAAACCCGCGACGACGCCGUGACCUUCUGGGUGAAAAUAGAAGAGCCUCCUGUAAAACUGUCAUGCUCUAAGAAGACAGGCAGUGUCAUACAGAGUUUUGCCGGAGACCCGCUGUUCCUGGAGCUGCAGGUUUCUCGUGAGAACGCGGAGGUGUGCUGGAUGAAGGAUGGAGUAAAGGUGGAGGAGGACAGUGAUGUCACUGUCACCGUGGAAGGCCUUGUCCGAAAACUGACUCUCUGGUCCCCAACGCCUGCAGACUCCGGUCUGUACACCUGCAAUGCAAUGGACGACGCCGUGGACUUCCACGUGAGAAUCAGCGAGGCUCCACUGAUGAUCCUGAACAAGCAUGAGAUUAAGACAGAGCUCAAGGCUUUGCUGUCCGACGACAUUGUGUUAGAAUGUGAGCUGUCCAGGCCCAAUGGGGCAGUCAGGUGGUACAAAGAUGGAGACCACAUUGAGGAAAAUGAUCGCUUCUGUUUUGAGGAAGAGGGGGCUUUCAGAUCCCUGGUGAUCCUCUGUGCAGAGCCGGAGGACUCUGGGAAAUAUUUCCUCGAUGCAAAGGAUGACAGCAUUUCAUUUCAGGUCACUGUGCAAGAGCCACCUGUGAAGAUUCUGGGAAAUUCAGGCCAGUCCGACUACCAGGAAAUGUUAGCAGGUGACGACCUUAUCCUGGCAUGCGAGGUGUCACGAGAAAACGCGCCAGUGCAGUGGCUUUUCAACGAGACUGCUCUGCUGUCUGACUCGCGCAUGCACAUCGAGAGCUACGGCACACUACGUAAACUCAUCGUGUCAAAUGUCCAGCCCUCCGACUCAGGCACAUACACGUGUGACGCAGUCGAUGACAAAAUGGUGUCCUCCGUCAAAGUACAAGCAUCUCUGCUUCCUCCAGAGCCCCCUGUGGAGUUUCUUAACAAGGAAGAGCCAGUCCAGCUGACGGGCUACGAGGCAGAAAGCAUCACCCUGACGGCCACAGUGUCCAGGCCCAACGCCCCGGUGCGUUGGCUGAAAGACUGGACGCCUGUGGAUGGGGAACGCUUCCAUGCGACAGCUCAGGGCCUGACGCGCACACUCACGAUCAGCCCCCUGAAGAGGCUGGACAGCGGCGAGUACACCUGCGACGCCAACACGGACGAGCUCCACUUCAGCCUGCUGGUCAAAGAGAUGCGUAUUAAGUUUCUGAAGCCGCUGUUCGACAGCGUGGCUCACAAGGACGGCAUGGUGACCCUGCGCUGCGAGGUGAACAAACCCAAAGCCGACGUGCAGUGGCUGAAGGACGGCACAGAGGUCAUGCCCAGCCGCCGCUUCUCCAUCCGCGCCGACGGGAUGGAGCGGAGCCUCACCAUCCACCGCCUCAGCAAGGAGGAUGCUGGAGAAUACACCUGCGAGACGCGGGACGACUGCACCAGUGCCAGAAUCAGGGUGGAGAUGCCCCGCGUGGUGGAGUUCCUCACGGAGCUCCACAACACCACUGUGAUGGAGGGGGAGGACGCUGCCUUUAAGUGCGUGGUGUCCCCGGACGACGUGCAGAUGCUCUGGUUCAUGGACGACGAGAUGAUCCAAUCCAGCGGGCGUUUCACGAUUGAGCAGAAUGGCCUGUGUCACACGCUGCUCAUCCAUAACGUGCAGAUGCUCGAUGCCUCCCGCAUCACAGCAGAGGCAGAAGGGCUGACGUCUAAGGCCAGCCUCCGGGUGCAGGAGGCUCAGGUGCUGUUCACCAAGAAGAUGGAGGUGGUGAUGGCGGAGGAGUUUGGCGAGGCGACGCUGGAGACGGAGGUGAGCCUGGAGUCCGGGGAGGUGCAGUGGAUGCGUCAGGGUGUGGUCAUCCAGCCUGGCCCGCGCCACUCACUCUCCCAGAGCGGUCGCUCCAGGAUCCUCAGGAUCACAGGCCUCAGCAUGUCCGACCGCGGCACCUACCGCUGCGAGACCCUCCACGACCGCACGCAGGUCAAACUCAAUGUGGAGCCCAGGAAGAUCACCAUAUGGAAGGGGCUGACAGACAUUGAGACGUUCGAGAGGGAGACAGCCUCACUUGAGGUGGAGUUAUCUCACGCAGACGUAAAAGGUGUUUGGCAGAAGGACGGCCUGAGGGUCAAACCCAGCAACAGCUUUCGGGUCAGUGCCAACGGACGCGUGCACAGCCUCACGCUCACCAACCUGACCCUGGAGGAUUCCAGCACCAUCACCUUCUCCGCCGAGGGGGUCAGGACCUCCGCCCAGCUGCUAGUGAAAGAGACUCCCGUGGCAAUCCUGAAGAAGCUGUGUGACGUCAGGCUCGAGGAGGGCUCGCCCAUCACCCUGGAGUGCGAGCUGUCCAGGCCAAACGUGAAUGUCAGAUGGUUGAAGAACGGGUCAGAGGUCAAGGCAGAUAAGGGCUCCAGGGUCUUCAGCAUAGGCCGCAGGCGUUGUCUACAGAUCGCCCAGAGCACCAUGGGCGACUCUGGCCUCUACACCUGUGACAUUGGAGACCUGCAGACCUUCUGCAAAGUCGAGAUCUACGAGCGGGAGCUGGAGGUGGUCACCGAGCUGGAGGACCUGUACAUUAAGGAGGACCAGAAUGCCGUGUUCAUGUGUGAAGUGUCUCUGGAGGACGUGCCUGGAGACUGGUACAAGGACGGUCACAGAAUCCGGCCCAGCGACACCGUGAAGAUUCGCACGGAAGGCACAAAGCACUUCCUCCUGAUAUGUAACGUAAGGACAGAGGAUGCUGGGGAGAUCAAAUUUGUCUCCAAACAAGUCGAAUCGGCUGCCUAUCUUAGUGUCCAAGAGUUGCCCGUGAGUAUCGUACGGGGGCUGAGAGACCGCACGGCCCUGGAGAAGCACCGGCUCAUCCUGGAGUGCACCACAUCCUCACCACGCUGCGCCGUCCGCUGGUACAAGGGCGACGAGGAGCUUGAGCCCUCCGAGCGCAUGGACUUCAUCAGCGAGGACUGCUGCCACAAGCUGGUCAUCCACCAGGUGGCGAUAGAGGACGAGGGAGCCUACAGUAUCGAGGUGGGCGAGCACCUGUCCACGGCCAAGCUGAUGGUGGAAGCCCAGUCCAUCAUCUUGGUGAAGGAGCUAGAAGACGUGGAGGUGAGCUCUCCGGAUCCGGCACGCUUCCGGUGCGAGGUGUCUGUGCCCCUCAUCAAACCCCCUGUCUGGACCCUGAAUGGGGAGACACUGCAGCCGGGAGCCGAAGUCCGUCUGGAGAGCAAGGGGACGGUCUACAACCUCACAUUCACGAAGACCAGCUCAGACAUGAGUGGUACGGUUCAGUUCACCACAGGGAAAGCCAGAAGCAGUGCAAUGCUGAGGGUGAUGUAGAGAGAUGUAUUGUAAGAGGGUGUGUGAGAAGGUGUGUGAAGGUGUGUGGUGUUGGAGGAGAGCGAUAGCAGACACAGGCAGUAGCAGUCUCAACAUUAGCCAGCCGCUAGCGCUAGCGCCCUUUGACUCUGUGGCUCUCAACCUUUAAAGACAAAAAACAAGUGUCUCUGUAUCCGUAUCUUUGCAUGUCUAUGUAGAGGCCCCAGUCAGAGCACUUUUACUGUAGCGCGUCUUGGGCUCAAGAUGACUGAAUGCAUUUGGUGUGGUUCUGAUAGCAAUGAAUUAAAAUGCUGAUUAAAAAGGAGAAACUAACUUAAGCUAAAGGAACAAAGAAAAGUAAGGAAACAUCAGAAUACAGUUAAAACAAGAACACAUGGUGCCUCUACACAACAGCAGUAUGGAGGCUUUCUGUGGAAGAAAAUGUUAACAGAAGAUCAUUUUAUGUCUGAUUUGUAUCAAAUGAUUUUGUAGUAUUUAUCAGUAUAUAAAGUGCAGGGGAAAGUAAUCUGAACAAAGAUCUCAGUUAAAUUGGAGAGAUGCACAUGGCGUUAUGUUUUCUAUCCAUCUGAAAUGAAAAUAGUGUGUUGACUUAUUUUGUUAAUUAGUGCAAAUGCUCACUAUAUCAGCAACAUUACGGAUCAAAACCUGCAGUACAGAAACUGAUAUAUGUUUAUGCCAGAUAAUAGAUUUGCAUACAUCACAAUCUGAACAAAUAAACAUUUAUAUUAAACGUG